UCUCAAUUGCUCUUUGUUUGUCUGCUUUCGUCUUCUCUGCACAAAACCUAAACCCCGAACUUUCUUCCUCGUUCAGUUGGAGAAGAGUGGACUGGACCGCGAACAUGGCGCAUAGCCGUCAACGUGAUUUCAUGUUUUGUGAGCUUUGUGGAACGAUGCUCUCUUUCAAAUCGCGCAAGUAUGCGCAGUGCCCUCUCUGCAAAUCCAAGCGAAGCAUGAAAGAUUUUGCUGGAAAGGAAAUAACUUAUACCUUCACUGCUGAGGACAUUAGAAGGGAGCUGGGUAUAGUAUCACUAGAUGAAACUGAUGAAGAGCAGCAGAAAAAACAAAUGGAUCACAGCGUUAAAUGUAAGAAGUGCCACCACCUGGGGCUUUAUUUCAUUACUAGACAGAUUCGAUCUGCCGAUGAAGGACAAACUCUUUUCUAUGAUUGCCCGAAUUGUGGAUAUAGUUACAAUGAGAAUUCAUGAGAGCAAGAAUGGGUGGUUGUUGAAGUAUUUUAAUGUUUUCAGCUAGGAUUAAGGAGUUUGUUGCUGCAUUUUAGAAUAAUCCCAAUUGUUUAGGGAACUUUAUUUAGUUUGAUCUAUUUUUUGGGUCUCUACCACAAUUCUAUUCUAGGAGUUGUUUAAAUAAUGGUUUUUCUCUUCUUCUUUU